UUCCAGUGUUCCCAAGACACUGAAGAUCCCACAGCGGGAACUCCAAGCCAGGCUUUUGUUGGCAGCCAAACUGUCUCACUAGCCCAGCCUCUGCCCACUCAUCCAGAACAGCUCUCCCUUCACCCGAAGGACACUGCGACUUCCUUGUUAUGUCACCUGCUCAGUCACAAUUGCGCUGAGAGCAGAGCGUGGCCCGGCCCCCAGGUUCCCAGGGCAGCUGGGCCAGCAACUUUAGACACACACACACAAACUCACACACACAUACCAUGAAGUACCCUCUGGUGCCGCUGGUGAACGAGCUGACAUUUUCUUUCCUGGCAUCCUGGCUCUGCCUGCCCGUGGGCUUGCUAUUGUUCUCAUUGAUCGUCUGGCUAUGCUUCCUACUCAGCCAAGAUUCGGAGGAAAAUGACUCAGAUCUGUGUUUUGAUUGGGAGCCCUGGAGCAAAGGUCCUGCUGAGUUUUUCCAGGAGGAGACACUUCAUAGCCCGGAGGAGGGGAGGCCCUGCUGGUGAGCCUAUACUGCCAGAUCCAGCAUUUCACUGGUUCCCAGCUUGGUUUUGCCAGAGUCAGCGGGGCUGUGGCCGAGGCCAGCAUGGACAGGAGACUUGCCAGGGAGGCAAGAGGGCUUUGGCGAGUGACCUGCUUGCCUGGACCCCCAGCUCAUCUCCUCCACCGAGGGACAUACGACACCUUCAGAGACGCGGCUCUUCUCUCUUCCAGACAAGCUCCCAGCCCCCUAGGGGGAGGCCCGAGACCCUGAAGGCCACGUGAGCAGACCCACUGGGGAAGCUAGCAAACUCAGAGGCUGAGCUGGGGCAAGGCUGAACCGGAGGGUGUGGGUCCGAAUUAAAGAAACAAGGGGUUCUGUGCUCAGGAGCCCCCUGACAAACCCUCGAGAGCUGGCCAGGUCCACUCAUUUGACAAGCUUCAGGCUCUGGCCCAGUCCUGGCCCCCAUUCGAAACACCUGGAGCUUUGAGGCUCUUCCAUCUGUUCGAAAGGCUGGGCGAUCUCGCUCUGAUCCUAAUUUCAAACUUCGCGAUGAAUCUUCAGAUCAACUUCAGUAACAAAUCAUUUUAUAACUACACCUACCACCUGCCUAGUUGUAAGAAGAGCUCAUGUUUUUUGUGGGGUUUUUUUGGUUUUUUGCCUUUUAUUUUUAGGGCCACACAAGCAGCAUAUGGAGGCUCCCAGGCUAAGGGUCAAUGCAGGAUCCGAGCUGCAUCUGCGACCUA